GAAGUGAGCUCUCACACGUUUUAACUACUACUUAAAGGGUUCUGUAUUAUCAUCUCUGCCGCUCCACUAUUUCUAGGGUUUUUCAGUCUCUCUUUCUUUAACCUCUUCUCAUCUGCUCUAGAAAAAAAUAUAUAUUCAAAUAUGAGCCUCCAUCCAGAAGUCAAGUGGGCACAAAGGCCUGAUGUGGUGUAUCUCACUGUGAUGCUACCAGAUGCUAAAGAUGCAAAAGUGAACUUGGAUCCAGAAGGAGUGUUUAACUUCUCUGCUAGUGCUGGGGCAGGAGACCGUCACUAUGAGUUGAAGCUUGAGCUUCAGGAUAAAGUUAAUGUUGAGGAGAGCAAAAUUAGUACCGGCGUGAGAAGUAUUUUCUGCAUUUUGCAAAAAGCAGAGCCAAAAUGGUGGACUAAAUUAUUGCGUGGAGACGGUAAAGCACCACACUAUGUGAAGGUAGAUUGGGACAAGUGGGUGGAUGAAGAUGAUGAACCUGAUGCUGGUCCUGGGGAUAUGGAUAUGAAUUCAAUGGAUUUCUCAAAAUUCGGUGAUAUGGGUGGAAUGGGAGGUGAUAUGGCUUCAAUGAUGGGCGGAAUGGGCGGAAUGGGUGGAAUGAUGGGAGGAAUGGGUGGGAUGAUGGGAGGAAUGGGUGGCAUGAUGGGUGGAAUGGGAGGUGAUAUGGCUGGAAUGAUGGGUGGAAUGGGAGGUGAUAUGGGGGAUGACCUUGAUGAGAGUGACGAUGAAGAGCAAGAAGUGAUAAAGCCUUCCGCUAAAGCUACUGAGGUGGUAGAUGCGAAACCUAAGGCAGAAGGUGAAGCUGCAUAGGCAAGAAGCAGAAGCUCGGGUGCAUAAGUAGACGCUGUUGCUGAAGACCUGUUGGCUUGCUUUCAGCAAUGCACUAGAGUGGCAUGGUUAUAAGUUGUCCCUUUUCAGUUCAUGAAAGUAAAGAAGUUUAUGGCCCAUGGGAGUUUGUUAUGAGGGACAUUAUUAUCAUUUUCAUCCACCUGAGCCGAAAAACAUACCUUUAUAUGCUUUAGAUUGUUUGACUUUUGUACUAUUGUUUUAGUUCGACUGAGAAUGGUGUCUGCACAACUUGCAUCAAAUAUCUCUAUCUUCCUGA